GCGCUGCCCGCCGGGGCGGGGCGGGGCGGUGGAGGGGGGGGGGUCUCCUGCCGGGCACGGCGGCGACGCCGGCGGGUCCCAAGGAGUUAAGGGCUGUCCCCGCCCCAGCCCCGCCCCGCCGGUGCCAGCGCUCGGGGCGGCGGAGGCGCAGCGCCGGGCCGCGGCAGGGGUCGGGGGGGCGCCGGCGCCGGGCCAUGAGCGCGGAGCGCCCCGGAGCGCCGCCCGCCCCGCGCCGCCGCCGCCGCCGCCGCCGCCGCUAGCAUCGCCCCGGGGGCCGGGAGAGCGGCGGCGCCCCGGCCGCGCGGCUGCCCCGGCGGGGAUGUGAAUGGCGCUGGGGGUGCUCGGCGGGACCGACAUGGAGUGGGAGAAGCUGCCGCGGCGGCCCGGGGAGGGCGAGGGGGAGGCGGCGGGGCCGUGGCCGGGCUGCGGGCGGCUGCGGCCCUCCUCGUACCGGGCGCUGCGCAGCGCCGUCUCCACCCUGGCGCGCAUCGACGACUUCUACUGCGAGAAGAUCGGGGCCGGCUUCUUCUCCGAGGUCUUCAAGGUGCGGCACCGCCAGUCGGGGCAGAUCAUGGUGCUGAAGAUGAACAAGCUGACCAGCAACCGGGGCAACAUGCUGCGGGAGGUGCAGCUGAUGAACCGCCUCUCGCACCCCAACAUCCUCAGGUUCAUGGGGGUGUGUGUGCACCAGGGACAGCUGCAUGCACUGACGGAGUACAUCAACGGUGGGAACCUGGAGCAGCUGCUGGACAGCCCUGUGCCCCUCUCCUGGUCCAUGCGUGUCAAGCUGGCCCUCGACAUCGCCCAUGGCCUACGCUACCUGCACUCCAAGGGCAUUUUCCACCGUGACCUCACCUCCAAGAACUGCCUGGUGCGCUGCGAGGCCAGUGGCUACACAGCUGUAGUGGGUGACUUCGGCUUGGCAGAAAAGAUCCCCACCUACAGUGAGGGCAGCGAGAAGGAGCCACUGGCUGUGGUGGGCUCCCCGUACUGGAUGGCACCCGAGGUGCUGCGUGGGGAGAUCUACAAUGAGAAGGCCGAUGUGUUUGCAUACGGCAUCAUCCUGUGUGAGACCAUCGCUCGUGUGCCAGCUGACCCCGACUACCUGCCCCGCACUGAGGAUUUUGGUCUGGACGUCACCACUUUCCGCACCAUGGUGGGAAUUGACUGCCCAGCGGCCUUCCUCCAGCUGGCUUUUCACUGCUGCAGUAUGGAGCCCACCUCCCGCCCCUCAUUCCUGGAAAUCACGCAGUGCCUGGAAAGCAUCCUGCAGCACCAGCUGGGCACCGAGGGUGCCAGGACCGCCCUGUUCGGCAUCGGGGAGAGUCUGCCUGCAUCUGGAACUGCAGCCACACUCAGUGGGGUGGCCAGGAGGUCAGCCAGCCACACUGAGCAGUCGCCCCUGCGUGAGCUGGGCACGCAGCACCUGCAGCCAGACCAGCGCCUGUCCCGCAGCCAGUCUGACAUGUUCCCUUCCAAGUCACCCACCCUGCUGUGGCCUCUGGAGCCUUACAGCGGGGCCAGGUCCAAGGAGACGUCCCCCCGUGUCAACCCAUUCUCCCAGCGUGAGGACCUGAAGGGGGGGAAGAUCAAGCUCUUUGAUACGCCGAGCAAGUCGGUCAUCUCGCUCACCUUCGACCUGCCGCCCCCCGCCCCGCUGCAGCUCAGCAACCCCGUGACGCCUGAGCCCGCCGUGGAGGUGCAGUGUGACUUCUCAGCACCCACCACCAGCCCCCGCAAGUGCCACUCUCUGCCCUCCUCUCCUGAGCUGCCCCACCGGGGAGGCCUCGAGCUGGGUAUGGGGUCCUCUCAUCCCACUGAUGACCCCCAGCCCCCUGCCCUCCUUCCUCCCCCAGCGUGGGGAGGAGCCUCCACUCCCAGCUCCAAGGCAGAGGAGCAGAUGGACUGCGGCCCUGACAGCUCUGAGCCGCCGCAGCCCACCCCGCUGCCCCUCAACAGCAACUUCAUCCGCACCGCGUCCUCGGGCACACGGGCCUGGCAGCCAGAUGUGCGGGCCCCCAACGGGCUCCUCAUCAACAACAACCACGUAAUGGUCAGCAAACCUCUGGCCUGGGGCAGUGGGCUGGAGCAUGGCUUCUCUGAGCUCAGCAUCUCCUGUGCAGCAGCGCUGGAGCGGACGGAGCGCUCGGCCAUGCUGCCGGGGCACAGCUCUGGUGCCAUGCUGGAGCAGGAUGAAGUGCUGCCCUGCCCUGGCUGCUGCCUGAGUCCCUUCAGCUUCAGCUUUGCCUCCAUCUGCCACCGGCCAGCGCCCAGCCCGCCCCGCUACCAGAACCUCAACUGCGAGGCCAAAAGCCUCAUCUGCCAUGAUCGGGGCCAACACCAGAAGGCCCCGGGGCCAGUGCUGGCUGAGCCCAGCCUGAAGCUGCCGGAGGCACAGUCCUAGUGAUGGGGACCCUGGGGAGUGGGGCUGAGUCCAGCUGCCCCUUGCACCCCUCUGCAGCCACAGCACUGGGCGGUGCGGGAGCCUGGCACAUCCCCACGGUCUGUCAUCACUCAGCACGUGGUGGCUGCCAGUGGCCAUGGUGCCAAGUGCUGUGGCUGCCGCGGCGCUGCCCAGGCACUCGGGCACCCACCACACCAGGAUCAGCCUUGGGGAUCUGCAGGGAACCCUGGAGGUGGGCUGGGUCUCUGCUGGGGACCAAAGUGCAAUAACACUGCUGCCCUGAGCACUGCCCCAAGCGGCAGGGCUGGUCCCCCGCGGGGGCCACGGGGCUCAAGCCCUGGAUCCAGGACCCCCUUUCCCCAAGGGCUCACCCCUCUGCAGGCUCUUGCGGAGGGGUAUGCAAUGAGCCUGCUACCUUGGGAGAACUGGGAGUUCCCUGCACCCAGGCGGGUGAGAGGGAUUGGGCUGGGGUGGAGAGGUCAGCGUGUGUAUGUGUGUUUUUGGGGAUCCUGGGGGGCUGGUGGGUGAACCCAGGUGUGUCCACAAGCGGGAGCACAGCCAGUCCCUGACAUGGGGAGAAGAGGGCAGGGGACCCUAGAGGGGCAAUGCCCAUGGGCAGUGCACGGGGAGGAUUGCCAGCACUGGGGUUGUCCCUGCCUGACUGAUGCUGAGGGUUGGGUGCUGAGUCAGCACAGCACCUCACAUCUCCCUGGCAUGCAGGUUUGGGAGCAGGAUGCUGGCAGAGGGGCCAGGAUGCCAUCCUGGCAUCAUGGGGAUGGGGCCAGUGGGCAGCACAGCUAGGCUGCCUGGCCCCCGACAAGGAUGGGAGCCGGCUUUCCUCCCUCCUGCACAAUGCACUGGUGAAUGCAGAACUCUUUGUGUUUUUUAUUAUUAUUAAUAAUAAUUGCUAGUAAUAUAUACCCAGCUUAUUUAAAGUGUUCAUUAAAAACUGAAUGUCCCAGCAA